AUGGCGAAGUCCAGGGCCCGUCUGUACCUUUGGAUGUGCUUGGCUGCCGCGCUGGCAUCUUUCCUGGUGGGAUUUAUGGUUGGCUGGUUUAUUAAGCCUCUCAAAGAAACAGCCACUUCAGUGUGCUAUCAUCAAAGUAUACGGUGGAAACUGGUAUCCGAAAUGAAAGCUGAAAACAUUAAAUCAUUUCUUCGUUCUUUUACAAAGCUUCCUCAUCUGGCAGGAACAGAACAAAAUUUGCUGCUUGCCAAGAAAAUGCAAACCCAGUGGAAGAAAUUUGGACUGGAUUCAGCCAAGUUGGUUCAUUAUGAUGUUCUCUUAUCAUACCCUAAUGAGACAAAUGCCAACUAUAUAUCAAUUGUGGAUGAACAUGGAAUUGAGAUUUUCAACACAUCAUACAUUGAACCACUACCAGAUGGGUAUGAGAAUGUUACAAAUAUUGUACCACCGUAUAAUGCUUUCUCAGCCCAAGGCAUGCCAGAGGGAGAUCUUGUAUAUGUGAACUAUGCUCGUACUGAAGACUUUUUCAAACUAGAAAGAGAGAUGAACAUUAACUGCACUGGGAAGAUUGUUAUUGCAAGAUAUGGAAAAAUCUUCAGAGGAAAUAAAGUUAAAAAUGCCAUGUUAGCAGGAGCCAUAGGAAUUAUCUUGUACUCAGAUCCAGCUGACUACUUUGCCCCUGAGGUACAGCCAUACCCCAAAGGAUGGAAUCUUCCUGGUACUGCAGCCCAGAGAGGAAAUGUGUUAAAUUUGAAUGGUGCUGGUGACCCACUCACUCCAGGCUAUCCAGCUAAAGAGUACACCUUUAGACUUAAUAUUGAAGAAGGAGUGGGAAUCUCUAAAAUACCUGUACAUCCCAUUGGAUAUAAUGAUGCAGAAAUAUUAUUACGCCAUUUGGGAGGAACUGCUCCACCAGAUGACAGCUGGAAGGGAAGUCUUAAUGUGGGCUACAAUAUUGGCCCUGGCUUUACAGAGAGUAAUUCUUUCAGUGAACAAAUGAUUUUAUAUCACUUAAGAAACAGGUAUGUUAUUCUGGGAGGUCACCGGGACUCCUGGGUGUUUGGAGCUAUUGACCCAACCAGUGGGACUGCUGUUUUGCAAGAAAUUGCCCAGAGUUUUGGAAAACUGAUGAGUAGAGGCUGGAGACCUAGAAGAACUAUCAUUUUUGCAAGCUGGGAUGCAGAAGAAUUUGGACUUCUGGGUUCCACAGAAUGGGCAGAGGAGAAUGCAAAAAUACUCCAGGAAAGAAGCAUUGCUUAUAUCAACUCAGAUUCAUCUAUAGAAGGCAAUUAUACUCUAAGAGUUGACUGUACACCCCUUCUUUACCAAUUGGUGUAUAAACUGACAAAAGAGAUCUCCAGCCCUGAUGAUGGUUUUGACGGUAAAUCACUUUAUGAAAGCUGGUUAGAAAAAGACCCUUCACCUGAAAAUAAAAAUUUUCCUAGAAUCAAUAAGCUGGGAUCGGGAAGUGAUUUUGAAGCUUAUUUUCAGAGACUUGGAAUUGCUUCAGGCAGAGCCCGUUACACUAAGAAUAAGAAAACAGAAAAGUACAGCAGCUACCCUGUAUACCACACAAUUUAUGAGACAUUCGAACUGGUAGAGAAUUUUUAUGACCCCACAUUUAAAAAACACCUUUCUGUGGCUCAAUUACGAGGAGCACUGGUAUAUGAACUUGCAGACUCUAAAAUCAUUCCUUUUAAUAUUAAAGACUAUGCAAAAGCUUUGCAAAAUUAUGCAACAAGUAUCUACAAUUUAUCCAAGAAGCAUGACCAACAAUUGAGAGACCAUGGAGUAUCAUUUGACUCCUUAUUUUCUGCUGUGAAAAACUUCUCAGAGGCUGCUUCAGAUUUUCAUAGAAGACUUACUCAAGUCGAUCUUAAUAACCCCAUUGCAGUGAGAAUCAUGAAUGACCAAUUGAUGCUGCUGGAAAGAGCAUUUAUUGAUCCUCUUGGUUUACCAGGGAGGCGGUUCUAUAGGCACAUCAUCUUUGCUCCGAGUAGCCACAACAAAUAUGCUGGAGAAUCAUUUCCUGGGAUCUACGACGCUAUGUUUGAUAUUGAAUAUAAAGCAGACCCUCAUUGGGCCUGGACAGAAGUAAAGAAACAUAUUUCUAUUGCAGCUUUUACAAUUCAGGCAGCAGCAGGGACUCUGAAAGAAGUGUUAGAAUAA